CAGUGGUGAAAAUGUAUAUCAAACAGAUAAUUAUCCAUGGAUUCAAAAGCUACAGUAAGAAAACAACAAUUGAAGACGUUGACAAGCGUCAUAAUGUUGUUGUCGGUCGUAACGGUUCUGGAAAAAGUAAUUUUUUCAGCGCCAUUGAAUUUGUACUUAGCAAUGAGUAUAAUAAUCUUCGGCUCGAGCAGCGUAAAGCUCUCAUUAAUCAGGCCGGGAAUGUUGCCUUUGCGUUUGUUGAAAUUAUUUUCGAUAAUAGAGAUGCGCAAUUACCGGUCGAUCGUGAAGUAGUUCACAUACGUCGUACAAUAUCGCAGUCGAAAGACCAGUACACGCUUGAUGGAAAAGCAGUACCACGUAAAGAAGUAGUACAGUUUCUUGAAAUGGGAGGACUUUCAAACGCGAGUCCGUAUUACAUCGUAAAGCAGGGAAAAAUUAACCAACUUGCGACAGCCCGCCCUUUCCAACUGUUGCAGGUUCUGCUCGAAGUCAGCGGGAUCCGUAGUUACAACGAACAAAGGGAAUCCUCAUUGGCAUCGAUGAAACAAACGGAGAGUGAUAUGAAAAUUGUGCUGGAGUCUCGAGCUAGGCACGGCGACGAGAUAAAAAUUCUCAAAGAAGAACUUAUGGAGUUCGAGCAAUAUGAGAAGCUAGAUAAAAAACGUCGAGUGAUCAAAUUUGUGAUGCUGUACAACGAAAAGACCGAGAUCGGUAACGAAUUAAACUCGCUCGGGCAGGCAACCGACAAGCUGAAAGAGAAACGACAUCAGCUAGCAAAACGGAAAGUAGAAUUACUGCAACGUGAGGAUAGCGAACGAAAGCAGUUAAAGCAACUCCAGGGUAUGAUAACGAGUGUGGUCGAGCAAAAGUCCACCAUUUCGAAGGAGCAUCACCGAUACGUGCAAAUAAAAACCAACCUAGAGUUGAAGGUCGAAGACUUGACGAAGGAUCUUGCCAGUGAAAGCCAACGCCAAGCUCAUUCUAAAAUGCAACUGGAUAAACUUAAUAAAAAGAUCCAAGAGCAAAAAGAUAAGUUGAACGAACUUGUGCGGCAAUGUGCAGAGCUUCACCACCAAGAAGAUAAUUUGGCUAGCGAACUGAAACACAAGGAACAAAUGCGCGGUGAACAUUUAGACAAGCAACGGAGAGGUGUGCAGUUUGCGUCGCGUGUCGAGCGAGAUUGUUGGCUGAAAGAAGAAAUAGCUUCUUUGAAGAAACAAAUCCAUACUAACACCAUUUACAUCAACGAUCAAGAUAAGGAACUAGAUCAGCGGAAGAAAACAAUUGUAUUAAUGGAGCAGAAAAUGGAUGACUACAAUAACACAUUUCAAAAGAUAUCGGAACGUAUGGAUAGCUACAAGGUGCAAAUUAACCAGUUGAAAGUAAAGCGUGAUGAUUUACUCCAACAUCAGCAGAAUCUUUGGGAACAGAUAUCCCGCGUCCAGCAAGAACUCGCCAAGCACAAGGAGGACUUUCGCAAGAUUGAGCAAAUGUUAAAGAAACAAAUAAACAGUCAAGUUAUUACCGGAGGCGAUUCGAUCCGUAAAGUGAUCGACAGAUUCCGAUCUCUCGGAAGCGACGCAACGUAUGUCAUAAAUGGAUACUUCGGUCAGAUCAUAGACAACAUUGAAUGCGACGAAAGUAUUUACAAAGCAGUAGAAACCACCGCCGGCAUGAAGCUCUUCAACCAUGUUGUGGAAUCAAAUGAUAUAGCCAAGGAAAUUAUACAAGUUUUCAAUCAGCAGAAGCUACCGGGAACUUUCCAGUUUAUGCCAUUGAAUUUGCUAGCAACGCACAAAUAUCAGUAUCCCUCGGAAAAGCAUGCUGUGCCCCUUAUAUCACUGUUGAAGUACGAGAAAAAGCUUUCACCUGCAAUUCAGAUGGUAUUUGGAAAAACAAUUCUGUGUAGUGAUCUGAGUUUGAUGCCCGAAUCCGCGCUAAAAUGUGGCCUGACGUGUGUGACUUACGAAGGAGACCAGAAUCUUCGAGGUGUAUUAAAAGGCGGGUAUCACGCACCGAAACCUUCUAUCUUGAAACUGCACCGUGAUAGUAGAGAGGUCUGGAAAGAGAUCAUUGCACUGGAAGAAGAACUAGUAGGACUCCAGACUGGCCUCGACCAGACAGUGUGCAGAGUCACUGAAUGUGAGAGAAAAAUGUCCCAGGAGGAAGCAAAGCUGCAAAAAUUCGAGCACGUCUGCGAAAUGGAGCGCAUUAAAAAGCAAUCGAUGCCCGAAUCAUUACGACAGCAGAAUGCAGCCUGUGAGCUGCUGGAAAGGAAAAUAAGAGGAUGUAAAAACGAGCAGGAACUUAUGAGGAGUCGCGAAAAGGCCCUCAUCGCUGAGCUUGAAACGGAGUUAACGAACAAGCUGACGGAAGAAGACCAGAAAGCUAUCGAACAGCUAGAUGGUGAAAUUCGGGAGAUUCGCCUGCAACAGCAAACAUUAUUCAACUCAGCACUAGACGCAAACAAAGCUAAACACAAGGUAGAGAACUUACUGAACUCGAACUUAAUGCCCAAACGUGAUGAAUUGGUCCGAUCCAUCGAAGAAUCAGCGAACCGGGAGGAUAAAACUAACGAGUUGGCAGCAUGUUGGAAGCGAAUUCAGAGUGCAGAGGAAAAAAUUAAUUACUAUCUUGAAGAAACAACUAAGCUAGAGGAAAACUCUAAAAGCUUCCAAGAAAGAAAAGAAUCGUUACAAAAGGAGCAGAAAAACUUAGUUGAAAAACAAAAAAAGCUAGAACUAGAAAUGGAUUCUAUUGCAGCGGACGAAAAUGAGGCAACCAAAAAACAGGAUUUAGAAAAAAACGUUUGGAUGAGUGUUCUUGCAAAAUAGACAAUCUUGGUGCGCUUCCACCAAUAGAUCGAAUGUAUUUUGCAUGGCCUCAACAUAAGUUGGCGAGGGAAUUGGAAAACAUCAAGAAGCAGUUAAAACAGGUCCCCAACAUUAAUCCAAAAGUACAAGAUGAGUACAACGUAAAGCUGCGCAUGCUCCACGAUGCCGAUAAGCAUUUGGAUGAA